AUGGUCUGGAGGAGCCCAGACCCACAUUCCUCCCGGCUCCAACCGUGGCUUCAGAUUGAAGGUGACGGUGUAGAGAAUGCACAGCACAGAGCCAGCCAGCGGGAGCCACACACACAGCCAAGCUCUCAGAGAGCGGAGAGAUCAGCCAGCACCUUCUCUCAGGGCUCCACGGAGCAGCUCGACCCAGACACCGCGACGGAGACAAGGAGCAAGAACGCGAAGCUGAGCGCCACGCUCAUCCCCCAGGGGCCCCAGCUCGGACCCCGGGGCCCCCAGCAACUCGAUGAGCUCACACUGAGUGGUGUCCGGGAACCGGCAGCGAAUGGCGGCAAAGUGACGGAGAUCGGAGAGCUGGAGCCCGAGCUGGGAGUUGGGAGCCUGGAGCCGGGCUGGCGAGUGGGGGGAAGCCUGGAGGCCAACCUGCCCUACUUUGAAAGCCGAGGGGCGAGGGAGAUGGAGAGCCAGGCAGGGGCAGACACAGGCACAGACAAGGACGGACUCACCGCGGGCGACCAGGAGCCACGAGGAGCCGGUGAGGAGGUGACGGAACCCGAGGCCGAGGAGACUCCGGUCAAGCCAGCCAGGACAGCCCUGGAGGUUCACUUGACCCCCGCGCCCUCUGGCCGGGCCUACAUCGACCUGCAGUGGGAAGGACCCGAGGCCUCCUCUGUCACCCCCCACAACAAGUCACCCAAACCCCUCCCGGUGUCACCCAACACGGUCCCCCAGCCCUCCGCCCCGACCUACCCCAGCCCUCCCCCACUCUCCCGCCUCCCCCCUCCCCCCACACUAGCCCAACUCCCCAGCCAGGCCAGGAAGACCAACAUUCUGGAAGAUUCCAAGGUGCGGCGGGCCGGAAAGAAGCCCAUGUUCACGUUCUUCGAGAAACCAAAAGUCACUCCCAACCCGGAGCUGCUGUCGCUGGUGCUGGGCCUGGAUGAGAGGAAGCGACGAGAGGAGCCGGGACCUGGGGUUGGACUUGGGCUGGAGGAGGAGGAGUACCUGAGCCUGGGGGCCGAGGCUGCCUCGCUGGCCCAGCCCUCAGAGCCAGGCUCCGGCCCGUACCAGGCCCCAGAGUGGCUGUCCUGCCUGAAGCCCUCAGAGGCCAGGGCCCAGCUGCAGAGCGGAGCCUCCCAGGCUCUGGCCGAGCGGACGGGCCGGGGGGCCGAGCUGUUCGCCAGACGACAAUCGCGGAUGGAGAAAUAUGUGAUCGAGUCGGCACCGGUCAGAGAGACCCCCGCCCGCUCCCCCUCCCCUACCAUGUCCCUGCCACCAUCUUGGAAAUGCUCGGAGCUCCCCCGAAGGGCCUCGGCCACUGGCUGGUUGACGGGGCCGAAGAGCUCACGCGGAGGUUUCAGAACCCAGCCUGCAGCCUUCACGGCCCCCCCUCGACCCCCCCCACAAGCCCCUCCUCGGUGGGAUGGCUCCCCUCACCAGCUCAACCCCUCCCUGUUUAUUCUCUCCCCCAAAAAGAGCCCCACAGCCUCCCUGCCCAAGGCAGCGCCCCCUGCACCUAAGGUCAUCAUGGCUGAGGAGCCUCCACCAACCAGGCCCCCACCUCCCCUCAGGCAGGCCUCACUGCCUGCUCCUCAACCACAGGCCUCACUCCCUGCUCCUAAACCACAGGCCUCACUCGCCGCUCCUCAAUCACAGGCCUCACUCCCGGGCACAUUCAUACAGGCUGCUCUCCCCGGUCCCCUCAGACAGGUCUCAUUCUUCUCCACCAUCAACGAGGCCUCACUGCCCGCUCCCCUCACACAGGCUGCUCUCCCCACACCCCAACCGCAGGUUUCCUUCUCCCACCAGGCCUCACUCUUCCCUCCCCAACCACAGGCCUUGUACACCUCCACCAACAACCAGGGCUCAUUCCCCUCCCCCCUCACACAGGCCUCGCUCCCCUCCCCCCUCACACAGGCCUCGCUCCCCUCCCCCCUCACGCAGGCCUCGCUCCCCUCCCCCCUCACACAGGCCUCGCUCCCCUCCCCCCUCACGCAGGCCUCGCUCCCCUCCCCCCUCACACAGGCCUCGCUCCCUUCUCCCCUCACACAGGCCUCGCUCCCCUCCCCCGGCAGAGCCCCCACCUCCCCACCCAGGCUGAAUGGGUUUGGUAACCAUGACGACAGCUUCAGUGCCGCAGUGAUGGCCGUGCCGGUGGAGGUGGUCCCGGUGUCGCCACCAUCGUCUUCCCCCAGCCGCGGCAGCCCGUCCCCGAGAGGCCAGGACCAGGCACAAGCCCCCAGACCCUCCUUCUCAGCCAAGAGAGCGGGACUCGAGGCCCAGCUGAAAGCCUCCCCUGGGAGCCAGACCUGGAGACCCAGCUUCGAGCGGCGGCUGAGCAGCCCCCAGCGUCUGAGCGAGGAGUGGAGGGAGGGUCCGCGCUCGCUCCCCCACCCCCUCAGCCCCCCGGGGGGGUGGUCAGUGCCCAGAGACCCCAGGACCAGCGCCGACAGCCGGCGGCUCAAGGACAUCCUGGCCAUGAAUGUGGUGAACGCCGCCCGGCGGAAAAAGCUGGGGAGCCCUGUGUCCGAGGCUCUGGGGCCCAGCCUGGUCUCCCCGGGGCCCGGCCUGGUCGCCCCGGGGCCCAGCCCCGGCCCCUUCUCCCCCCCCUCACCCUCCUUCAGGCCCUCCCCGGACACUCAGCACACAGUGACUCGCUCUCCCCUCCGCCUCUACAGCCGCUCCCUCACCGACUCCGACUUCUCUGGGGUGUCUGAAGACUCCAGCCCCAAGUCCCCCAGUUACCUCAACUUCUGCCCCCGCGGCUGGAGUGGGAGCAAGGCCAGGUUAGCCGAACACCUGCCCUAGAGACACACACUGCCCACCAGCCCUCCCGCCCAACAUUCACCCUAAUUGUUAUUAAUAAUAAUAAUUUGGAAGCUGGUUUCAUUUCGUUUCUCA